GGCGGCGGCGGCAGGACGCGGGCUCGGGCACCGGAGCGGCGGCCUCGGAGCUGCCGGCGGCCGAGCGCCCCGCGGAGAGUCCACAGCACUGUCUGCCCUGAGAAAUGCUGGAAGCUGGGUGCAGCCCCAGACCUGAGGACCUGUUUUUCCUGUUUCCUGAAGAAUUCCCUGCAUCCUGGUCCAGGCCUCUGCAUUCAUGAAUGAGGAACCUGAGAGGGCUCUGAGCAUCCUGACUGUGAGAGCCAGGGCUGGUCAGGGCAAUGGCCACAGCCCUGGGCCACUGGAACAGCACCAUCAAUGACACCUGGGAUGGGGACGAGCUGGGCUACAAGUGCCGCUUCAAUGAGGACUUCAAAUACGUGCUGCUGCCUGUGUCCUAUGGCGUGGUGUGUGUGCUGGGGCUGUGCCUGAACGCCGUGGCGCUCUACAUCUUCCUGUGCCGCCUCAAGACCUGGAACGCGUCCACCACGUACAUGUUCCACCUGGCUGUGUCUGAUGCGCUGUACGCAGCCUCCCUGCCACUGCUGGUCUAUUACUACGCCCGCGGAGACCACUGGCCCUUCAGCAUAGUGCUCUGCAAGCUGGUGCGCUUCCUCUUCUACACCAACCUUUACUGCAGCAUCCUCUUCCUCACGUGCAUCAGCGUGCACCGAUGCCUGGGGGUCCUGCGCCCACUGCGCUCGCUGCGCUGGGGCCGGGCCCGCUAUGCCCGCCGGGUGGCAGCUGCCGUGUGGGUGCUGGUGCUGGCCUGCCAGUCACCCGUGCUCUACUUCGUCACCACCAGUGUGCGAGGUGGCCGCAUUACCUGCCACGACACCUCAGCACCCGAGCUCUUCAGCCAGUUUGUGGCCUACAGCUCUGUCAUGUUGGGCCUGCUCUUCACAGUGCCCUUUGCCAUCAUCCUAGUCUGCUAUGUGCUUAUGGCUCGGCGGCUGUUGAAGCCAGCCUACGGGACCUCUGGAGGCCUGCCGCGGGCCAAGCGCAAGUCGGUGCGCACCAUUGCCGUGGUGCUGGCUGUCUUCGCCCUCUGCUUCCUGCCUUUCCAUGUCACCCGCACCCUCUACUACUCCUUCCGCUCCCUGGACCUCAGCUGCCACACCCUCAAUGCCAUCAACAUGGCUUACAAGAUCACCCGGCCGCUGGCCAGUGCCAACAGUUGCCUUGACCCUGUGCUCUACUUCCUGGCUGGGCAGAGGCUUGUGCGCUUUGCCCGGGAUGCCAAGCCAUCCACAGACCCUGCUCCUACUGCCCCAGCUCACCGCAGACGGGGCCUGCACAGGUUGGACAGAACUGACCUCAAGAGGACAAAAGAUGUGUCAACCAGCAGUGAGGACUCUAGGCGGACAGAGUCCACGCCAGCUGGUAGUGAGAACACUAAGGACAUCCGGCUGUAGGACCUGAACCCCUUGGGCCUG